UUCACACCUGUGCGUAGUAUCUAUAUACGUAACUGCUCGCAUCACAAUCGUGGUGGGCGGCCAAAUGAGAUAGAAUUGAGGAUUGUGAGCACAGAUGUUUCUAGUACCGCGGGCACCGAGGAUCGGGUGACGACGAGAGUGACCGUAUCCGCCUGCGAGUCUUCCUCCUCUCGCCUCGGCGAGUUCUCUAGGACCGCGGACGUCGCGCGUCCUUCGCCGAGGAGUCGGAAGUGCCUGUGCCCGUCGCGACCGUCGACAGCGAAUCGCUGCGCCGCGCGGCCACCCUUUCGCAGACGGGUCUCCUUCAGCGACGCCACCAGCGUCAUCGACGUCGGCGACGAUGAUCACUGUUGCCGCAGCACGAUGCAGGAUGACGACGAUUUAGCGAGCGACAGGGAGACCGAGAGCAAAACGGAGCGAGAGACGUUUUAUGACAUUUGGCAGGCUGCGGACGACUCGUUGGCCGGCAGAAGCGAUGACGGAUACUCGGAUAGUACACCAAGGAUCGUCGACAAUUACGCGGAGAACCGAAGUUGCGGAGUAUCGGGUUGCGCUCUCGACAGCAACAAAGGCCGGCAGUCGGAGAGUAUUGGCGAGAAGCGGGCAGUCGAGAGCGAUGACGCAUGUCCGACGGAUCGCAUUGCAGGCGGAAAUAAGGCAAGAAGCAACGAGGAUGAUACCGCGUGGAACGAGGACCUGUCAAGCUCCACCCGCAAGAACGUAGAUUCAAUUGGCCGUGACGAGUAUCGUAUGCGAGGAGGCUGCGGCGGAUGUUGCGGCGGACCGGCGCGCGAAAACUUCUGGAGGAGUUCGCAGGAUUACGGUUGCCGUUGCCGAGGACUCGCGCCGGAACCGAGUGAAUUAUGCGCGCCUAGUACAGACAGAACUAAGACAGUGUGCGUUACGUCGUUUUCGCGUUCCUGUUGCCGUUGUGCCCGAAUCUGCAAGAAGGCGGCCAGAUGCGAGCCUCCCUCGUAUAUGACGGGCGUUCGAAGUUGCGACGGUGGUGGAUGUUGCGGCGGCGGCUGCUGCUGUGGAAAAUCUGAUAAGAUCUGCGCAUCGUCGCCGAAGAUCUACAACUCGCCGGCUCAUUUCUCGCGCAGAAGAUCGCCUUGCGCUCCGCGUUGUUCAUCGCAAUCCCCUUGCUCACUCGGUGCCUGCAGAAACUGCUGCAGUAGAUCCAAUAACUGUAGAAGGUCGCGCAGCCCGAGAUGCCUGUCUGUCGUAGGUAGCGGAUGCUGCGGCGUCAACGACAGCACGAAAUGCGGCUCCGAUGGUGUCUGUUGCCGGCUGAGAUUGCCGUGCGAGUGCCUCGGUGGCGGCCUCGACUGUCGGCGAUGCGGAAGAAAGGUCUAUCAGGCUGAAAUGCAGAUCGCCUCCGGAGCGCAGUACCAUAAUAUUUGCUUCAGUUGCUUUUGUUGCCGAAAGCCGCUGGAACCGCUGACCUAUCAGGAGAAUGGCGGCGAGAUCUAUUGCAAACAAUGUUACGUUCGUAAUUUCGGUCCGCAAGGAUACGGCUACGGUGUGGGAGGUGGCGUGCUGCAGACUCCCCUGUGACUGCUCGUCGACUGCCUAAUAUUGGGGGUAUCGUACACGUGUGAGACUCAAGUACAGUUAUGACGUUUCCUCAUGCGCUUCUGUUUCUUUAUAACGACAGUUAUGUCACGCGUGAAGGAGCUUGAUGCACAUCGAGGUUUUCGCUUGUACGUGGCGUCGUAACAUCUUGUACAUUCUUUUUUUCGCAGCGAAUAAACCUUGUGACCGAAUAUACUCAGCGACGUUAUUGCUUUUGAUAUUCAAUCCGUUUAUUCGGUAAUAAGUCGCGAGAGGAAAGUAAAAUCCGAACGUGCAAGAGCAAGACUCCGAGUUGUGAGUCAAGAGGGAAAACAAGGAGAGGUCGGAAAGAAAAUCUGCAGCAGAAGAGGAAAGGAGAAUAAUGCACUCGAUUUAUUGAGUCUCUCUCUGCCAGUGGUGAAUUGCGCGAAAUGACUCGUCGGGGAUCGAUUGCGGAGUAAACUGGAUACAUAUGAGACUGAGGAAGGAGGGGUGGGAGGAGGAGGGUUAACGAGGCGGGAAGGCAGGAAAAGGAUUCGCGACGCAAAGAAGAAAAAGGCCGGGAGCGAGCGGGGUGCUCCGCGUUUCGGAAGGAAAGGGAUGGCGGGUGGGCGAAGGGGUACGUUCGCGGGUUUGCAAAACAGAGAGGACGAGGCGGCGGACGACGGGAGAGGGUCGGGGGAGGAGGAGAAAGAGAAAGAGAGGAGGAGGAAAGAGUGAGUGGUUGGUUUAUUGAGUCUCUCUCCGGCGCGGUGGAUUUGUGCGCGCUGAGAGGAAGGCGCAGGCAGGGGGGCGUUUAUAUAGCUUUCAGGCGCAGAAGCUUAAUCUAAUUUCAAAUAUAAAUCUGUUCUCUCUCCGCGCUCUUUCUCUCUCUCUCUCUCUCUCUUUCUUUCUCUUUCUCUCUCGUUUUCCGUCCCACUCUCCUUUUCUCCUCGCGCUCUUUUCCUUCCAUCUGCCGCGGCGCCCUUCCUGUCCGCGUGUAGAGAGCGCGCCGCGCUUACAUUAUACUCGCUACCCGGGCUACGAAUAAUGUUUUUCGCAUUUCCCAUUAACGGUACGGGACACUACGGAUUUUACGGCGGCGGCAACGGCGCGUCGUUCAACCGGCGAACUACCGGCGCUUCGUCGCGCGCUGCGCGUUUUCGAUAUGGGUACAAUUAUGGAAGCAAUAACGCGUUAGGUCUGAAGAAAAGUCGCGUAUAAGUGUCUGCUUUUCUUCCCACGCCGCCCUGAUCUUUUACCAGUCUUUUUUCUUUUUUUUUCCGUAGAAUCUAUGGAACUGGGUAUUGAAUUGUGCAUCGAAUAUUGCCUUCUAUAAAAUUUAUGAGAAGCAGUUUGACGCGCGACCUAAAUUCUCUUGAAUUUCGCGACUCGACUCUUUUCAUAAAUUUAUUUAUGAACUCCGCACUGCACUGAAUGAAACCUUCACGUGUCUUUUCAGGGAAAAUUAAUAAUUUGUUCCUUUUAUAUUUCCAUAUGAUUUAUUCAAUAUCGUAAAGAUUUGUUUAUGCGCAAAGAAAAGAAUACUCUUAUUUCUAGAAUAUCUUUAUUUUUAAAAUGUUAAAUUUUGAAAUGAACCAAAUCAUCGAUAUUCUUAUAUUAGUAAAUAUCUUUAAAUUAGCUUUAAAGAAUUUCAAAUUUUUUUACAACAAUUAAAGUACAAUUUAAAAAUUUGCUUUGUAAUUUUUAAACUUUUUUUGAGUUACAAAAACUUUUUUGUUAGGUAGUAUGAAAUUAGCCUUUAUUUUGGUGUAGUUUAAUUGUGUAAAACAAUGUGGAAUUUCUUAAAUUAUUGUAAAGAUAUUUUUUAAUAAAAAAAUGUCGACAAUUUGCUUUAGAAUUUUCUAUAGAUACAUAUAAUUUGCUUAAA